CCCACCAUGAAGACGCUCUCGCUGCCCGUGUCCGCCGAAAUGGCUCCCAGCUUCCGCAUCCUGGUGUACCACGUGACCGACGACGGCGAGGUGGUCACCGACUCCAUCCAGGUGCCCGUGGAGGGCAUCAACCGUGGACGGACGAAAGUGGUGCUGAACCAGCACAAGGACCACUCGAAGAACACGCUGGAACUGGGCAUGUGGAGCACCCCGGGCGCCACCUUCUGCACCAGCUCCGGCCGGGCGUACCUCUACAGCGUGCAGGCCGGGCACGACCUCACGCGCACCUCGGUCCUCUCGGCACUGCACUCGUUCGAGAACACCACCAGACCCAUUCACAGCGCCAACUGGCGCUGGCGAGAUGGUAGCCAGCCGAUGAGGUCCGAGCACUACAUCACGCAAAACUACGGCAUCGACGCCAACACCACCUUCGACCUGGCCGGCCUCGUGGUCUUCACGGACGCUAUAGUCGAGUCUGUCCCUGGGUCAGAUUGUGUGGAGGGCGAGCUGCGCUGUGUGACCCGCGGCUGCUUCAACGCCACGCUCCUGUGUAACGGCAUCGAUGACUGCCCAGACCGUUCCGACGAGAUGGGCUGCCACGUGGAGCUGGGCGACGACGAGCAGGAGCGACGCUUCCGGCUGGACCGUCGCUCCGUCUACAACGAGUUCUUCGACCCCGAGGACGGCGACUGGGCCUGGGUGCGCCAGGAGAUCGGGUACCAGGGCGGCGAGCAGCUGGUGCUGGAAGUGCCCGAGACCAACGACGACUGGUACAUCAACGGCUUCAGCAUCAGCCAGAAGGACGGCUUCGGGCUGAUCGAGACGCCACUACACUAUGUCAGCAACCGGCCGUUCUACAUGACCAUGGAGCUGGUGGAGAACAUCAGGCGUGGCGAGACGAUCUCGGCGCGCCUCAUGCUGGCCAACAACCAAGAGAUCGAGGUGCUGGCGCUGGUCGUCCUCGUCGACAGCGACGACUACCAGUUUGUGCACGUGGAGCUGGACGGUGUGAUCUCGCACCGGAAUGUGCGCACAUCCAGCGGGGAUCACCAGCACCUGGUGCCGAUUCCGGCCGGCGAAAGUGUGGAGGUGACGAUCCCGAUCAAACCGAUGGUCGAGGCCGGCUCCUUCGACGUCACCAUCAAGUGCAUCACCCAGUUCGGACUGGACGUGGAGGAGGCGACCGUCGAGGUUUCGCCGGAGGGAGUCGGCAUCGGGAAGCACACGUCCUUCCUGCUUGACCUGAAGAACCGGGCGGUGGACCACAAGUUCCUCAACAUCCUCACGGAAGAGUCGCCGGAGGUGCCGUACGCCACCUGGCGUCGCUUCGUCUACGGCAGUCCGCAGGGUUCCGUCACCGUUUCAGGGCGACGGCGUGGGCGGUGCGGCAGCUGCACUACUCCCAGUUCCAGGACUGGGAAAACUUCCUGUACGUCGAGCCGCGCAUCCUGUCCGAGGCCGCCAAGUGGCUGACCCUGUACCAGAACGAGGACGGCUCCUUCUACGAGACCGAGGCGUACGAGUUCCCGCUCGACCAGAAGAUGGACCCGCGCUCCAAGAUCCCCGGCGAGACGAACCGCAAACGCUACGUGCCGCUCACCGCCCACGUGCUCAUCACGCUGCACGAGGUGCAGGAGAAGCUGCAGGGUGAGGCGAAGGCAGCAGUCGCCACCGCCAAGAUCCGCGCCAUGCAGUACCUGGAGCGCAGCCUGAACGUGCUGACCGACGCGUACGAGAUCACCAUCACGGCCUACGCGCUGACCGUCAGCAACAGCGUCGACCGCGAGGUGGCGUUCAUGAAGCUGCGCGAGGCGCGCCGCGAGAUCGAGGGCAUGUACUACUGGGCGCGCGACCCGCUCGAGACGAACCCGGUCAGCAAGGACGUCAACCAGCGGCCCUACGUGGAGCCCAAGAACGAACAGCCGUGGGACGCGCAGUCGGUGGAGGCGACGUCGUACGGCCUGCUGGUGUACCUGCUGCGAGACGGCGUCGGCAUCGACCAGGAGAAGAUGGUGAAAUGGCUCAACUCCAUGCGCAUGUUCGACGCCGCCUGGAUCUCCACCGUGGACAGCAUCAUGGCCAUGCAGGCGCUCACGGAGUACUCCUUCCGCGCGCGGCUGCGUGACAUCACCGACAUGCAAGUCUACAUCGAGACCUCCGGCCUGAGGAAUUUCCAGGAGGUGGUCCGCAUCACCAACAACGCCACCUCCGUCAUACCGGCUGUCGAACUUCCGCAAGUUUGGGGCCACAUCAACGUGGUGGGCCAGGGCGCCGGCCAAGCCGUGGUCCAGCUGGACCUCUCGUUCGGCAUCGACCGUGAGGACCUCAAGGACACGCCGCCCGUCAAGGCGUUCGACCUGACGGUGCGCGAGAACGCCCUGCAGGAGGCGCGGAACAAGUCUAUCAUCCACGUGGAGGCAUGCUUCCGAUGGGUGAACACGGACGAGUCGCCCGUCAGCGGCGCCACCAUCUUGGAGGUGGAGUUCCCAGCGGGUACCGACUGGAUCAGCAGGUGGCCAAUGCCAACGUGCGCGCGUUCAAGCGCAGACCAAUGAACACUCUGAUGAACGGGAAAACGGCGCCAGAUAAGAUCUUCUGGUUCUUCGAUAAGGUUUACAGCAACUUCACUCAGUGCUACAACUGGACGAUUUUCCGCCGCUUCCUGGUGGCCAACUACACGGCCGUCAGGACCGCCUUCAUGUACGAGUACUUCGCGCCCGAGCGAUUCGAGAUGCAGAUCCUCAACUCGACCGAGCUGAAUGUGAUCGACAUCUGCCAAGUGUGCGGCUCGUACCAGUGUCCCUACUGCCCGUGGUACAGUGGCGCCGCCUCGCUGGGACCCAGCCUGUUGCUAGUUGCGGCCGUGGCCUGCCAGAUGGCAGUACUGGCGCUGGGCGGGACGUCGCCAUCAGCGCGGUAGGGCUGGCCGCUGCGUCGUGUGAGCGAGAUCGUAUGGUAAGAAGGCGGGCUUCCCCCUGCUCGGCGCAGCCCCAGUCACUGGUUGCAUGCAGGACAAUGUGGUGUUAGCCGUGGUUUGCCUGUCAGGAGUCAUCACGCCUGAGCGUAUAAAAGCGCCACGUGUUCUGUGUUGGACAAUGGUAGACUGAGCGGCUGCGGUUGAUGCUGUGAAAACGCAUUCCAUGUGUUAUGGUUUACUCGUGUUUCGACAACAUACGGAUCUGAAACAGUGCUGGAGCGGGAGUGACUCCGUUCUGCACGAUGUCCACCGCUGGCCACAGAUCGGGGGCGUGUCCCGAGCGCGGUGGGCCGGUGGCAUUCAACUCCCUCGGCAGGUGCUCGACUCACACGUGAUGGUGCCGAAUCGGAGUGUCCCCAAAUCCAGCCGAUUCAGCACUGAAUGAUUUGAAUGCGAACAUGUCUUUUGCGUCGGCCAUUUUGAAUGCCUUUUUAUGUAAUUUUUGUCAGUGUUUUAACAAUAUGAAUUUGUAAUUGUUUUGUAUGUCACAACGGUGCAGAGUGACAGGCGUAGGAUGUUAAUGGUUGAUCUGCAACUCUUCAAUCGAAGCGGGCUGAGGCAGAGGCUGGUCCUAAGAUGGUGAGCUUCAAGUCUCAGUGUACACAACACCAGAAUGA